AUGGAUUUCAUUGAGGAGUGCAUGGAAAGCAUAUUCACCUGCUUUAACAGAGGAAAGAACAACGAAACUGCGAAAGGAAAUCCUCACCAUUCGCUGUGCUAUCUCGAUCCGUUGGAUCUACUGGAUGAUGGAAAGUUAGAGAAGGAGUUUGAGAAUCUUGUGGAAGAAUGCGGCUUAAGCGAAGAACGACAGGCAGACCUGAAGAUGUACUCACGAGAGAAGAAGCUCACCAUGCUGAAUACGCAGUCUUUUCGUGCUGAAGAAGAUUGUGGCAAAUUGAUAGACUUGCUGAGAACAUUCGAAUGCGAAACUCCAGAACUGAUAGCACCUCCAGUUAGCACUCUGCAAGACAUCGUCACCACACUACGAACCCAACGCUCUAGGAUGACUCUUAACGGCUAUUUUCCGUAUCAAGCUCUCAGACAUUCGUUAGCCGAAUACCUUACAACGUCACUCGAAUUUCGUGUCCACCUGCGCUGCGAGUUUCUUUUGCUCGGAAUGGCCAAUGCCCUUUCCUUAAUCCGUCCUCAAGCGUCGUAUCUCCUCCAAGAUCAUUUGGAUCUUUUCGAAAUGAUGCGAAAAGAGGACGAAAUUGUUUUACUUAGGUGA